ACCGAACACGUCGGACCACAGCGGAGAGACUGCCGAGUCUGUUCAGAACAUAUGUAUUUAGCGGGCGUAACAGAAAAUGAUUACAUCAGAGUUUGAGUCACUUUUCGCGUCGACGGCAGUCCGCGCGUCCGCACUCAGCCAGGGCGAAUCGGGUAUUAAGCUGCUUACCGUUUGCCUUCUGGCUAUUGCUAUUGCUGCUAUUCCACUGCCGAUGCUGUGGCUAAUGCUGAUGCUGAUACUGGUACUGGAAGCGAAACCCUUUCCUGCUGCGCCACUAAGUAGCUCCUCCGUCUGCUCUGUCCGGUCCGUCUCGUUUGCUGGCAGAGUGCACUGUGCAAGUGCAGGUGCAGCUUUUUGGCUCGGCAGCUUUCAGUGCAAUAUGCAAUGCUACAGUGUGCUUGCCUUGCCGCUCGGAAAUCGUGCUCGGUGCUCGGUUCGCAGUACUCGGUCAACCAACAGCUGUUGUAAUUCUGCCACGCCGCGCCCCUGUGACUUUUGAGUGUCUAGCCAGCUAAUUGGCCAGCAAGUCGUUCGUGAAUCUCGCACCCAGAUACCAGAUACAAGAUACUCUCGUGCCGCGAAAUUCCGAUUCCGCCACUCUGCUCGGAUACGAUGCCCACCUUUGCGAUGAGCCCACGUCGAGUGUCUUGGGUGUGUGCUUUGUAACUGAGCGCGAAUGAUAUUUUUUAUGGCUGAUUGUUUCGCGCUCUAUUCAAUUAGGAGCGUUCGGCCGAGUGCUGAUUGCGCUGCCGCUGCCACAGAGCGGCACUCUCCAACAUGGGUGGAACGGAGGUCGAGCCGGUGACUCUUCCGUUGGUUUCCAUUGCGGCAGUUUCCUAAACAGGGCCCGUGCCCCUGCUGAUAACCAUAAUUUCACAAUUGCUCCGCGCAUGGCGUAGAUCCAGUGGGGAAUGGGGGAAUGGCAUUUUAAUUCAUGAAUGAAUCACUCCGGCAGAACCAUCUUGUGCGCCGCUUGUCCAGCUCUUGAUCGGGCGACGUCACAGGCGAGACGGUUGCCGCGCAGCAGACAGAAAGCAGACGGGCACUUGUGGGCUCGAGUAGAUACAGAUACGUCAUGGGGCGACAUGGGCAAUGGGUAAGGUCAGUAUCACUUGCGCAAUUGAGCAAGAAGAGUCCACGGCUAUUUAUACCCCACGAGACCCACAAGAAACGGACAGACCUACAAAUGACCUUGGCUCCCAAUCACAUUCCCAAAUUAAAAAUUCGGCAGUGCUCACGAAGGCAAAACCCGUUAUCACGCUGAUUGUAAAUGAUACAAAGUGCGAGUAGCAUAUAUCCGACUCUCCGCGCAGAGCUUGUCCGGCGGCACAGAUACGGACAUGGACACGAUUACACGCAGCUGUUGCGUGCAGCGCACCACCCACACGGAAAUACCUCUACACAGAUGCCCGACCACGACUACGGCGGAGACAUCGAAAAGCUCUCGCGAGCCCCGUAGCUACGUUGAGAGACGACGACGGCGACAGCGACGAUGCUAUCUCCAUCGGCCGACGCGUUCUCCGCCAGCACGUGAACACUCUCCAACGGACUGGCGGGUAGACGUAGGACGUUCAUACGUACAUAUAUACAUACAUACAUAUGCACGUACAUAUGUAUGAUGUGUGCAAGAGUCUCUGUCUGAGACUGAUACGAUUUUCAGUUGGAGCUCCUAUCUUUACCACAGGCUUGCCCUCCACUGAAGGUGGAAGGUGUAGUGUCUGACCCCCAAAAUAUAACUACAACAUAUGAAGGUCCGAGGCGUGUUUGUCGACCAUGUAGUGCCCUACACUUAUUAAAUAGGGAAGAUCUGCAUAUAGCUAGGGGCUUCUGCGGGAGGCCCUAGAGGGAGGAAUAUAUUCUUCUAUUCUCUGUACCGGUUUCGAUUAGUUUGGAUUUGUUUUACGUUUUACAUCCGUAGGGUUGAAGGCGCCACUGGAUUGGUAUGGUUUUGAAAUCGGCUUAAUCGACUUAGCCUAUGCUAGAACCUCGAGUCGAGGAGCAUGUAAAACUCAUGUAGAAUGUCCAUUUCGGGGGCGUGUACGUCGUACUGACAACAGGUGUUCGUGCUCCUGCCUUCGCUUCGUGUGUCCUGCUGCAACUACUGCCAUGACAGCCAGCUGUUGGAAUGGUGCCCAUGGCAACAUGUCCAAUCCUGCCACAACAAUGGCAGUGAGUUCUCCACUUGGACGACUCAGUCGAGGAAGUAUAUCCACGGCAAUCAUGUCGCUGUUCAAUGUCUGCAGCUGGUGGUCUGCCCAGUGCGCCGAUCCCGGAGAGCAGUACGAUGUGGCCAGCCUGCUGUGCGCCCGCUUUGGCCUGGAGGCUCAGGAGAAGGACUACAUCAUAGUGGGCUCCCAGACGGGGCAGCUGAGCAUCUACUACCCGCACAGGCGGGGCUAUGAUGCCACCGACCUGCUGCUGGAGACGCAGAUGGCGGCCCCAAUCCUCGGCUUGUAUGCGGGAAAGUUUAGCGGCAAUGUGCGCAAUGAGAACACCAACCAGCUGGGCGUUCUCCUGCCCAACGCCAUUGCCAUCUACAACGUUCAGGCCAUCGGGGGACUGGCGGAGCACGGAGCCCAGCUGCGGCUGCAGCUGCAGGCGGAGCACAAGUUCCAGCGGGUGGCCUUCGGCCUGUGCCAAGGCCACUUUGGGCAGGUGAAGGGCCGCGAGUUCUUCUGUGUGGUGCACCUGGACGGCACCUUGACCUUCUACGAGCAGGACGGCAUCUCCUACGAGUGCCGCUUCCCCGGACACCGUGCCCUGCCGGCUCCUGUGGCCUAUUGCGAGCGCACCGACAGCUUCUUUCGAUUCAGCGCCACCUGGCACCUGCAGUGCUAUAGCUACCAGGACCUGUCCCACUCGCUGGUCACCAAGCUAGGCAGCUACCAGCCCACCUGGACGCAGGGCGUGGGCGAGGGCAUUGUCGACAUGCGGGUGGUCCAAGUGAAGGACAACUGCUCCUACAUCAUGAUCCUGGGCGAGCGGAACUUCAUCUCCCUGGACGACAACGGCAAGUUCAUCUUUAUGCUGAAACUGGACUACGCGCCCAAGUGUUUCCACAGUUUCGUGGUGGGCUAUUAUUGGGAGCCAGGCGCGCGCCUCAUCACAGCCAUCAUUUCGGACUCUUCAAAGCUGCAUGUCUACGAGGAGGCAAACAUCAUCUGGGCAGCCCAGUGGCCAAACCAGUCGCCCGCGCCGGUAGCCAUACAGCGCUCCAAUAUGCAGGGCCUGGCCGGUGGCAUAGUGACGCUCGGGGCCAGGGGACAGCUGGAGGUGGGCUACCUGGGUGCCGAUCCCUUCACGUUCCAGGUGCAGCCGCUGAACAUCGAGGAACUGAGCUUCGCCCAGGCUCACAAGGAGCUGCAGCAGCUAGAGGACGAGAUCAAGGAGGCGGUGGAUGUACGCGACAUGGACGCCCUCAACCAGCAGGCGGCGGAUCAGGUGCGACUCAGCUUCAGCAUCCAGAAGGAAGUCUCUGACGAUCUGGACACCCUUUUGCUGGACGUGCCCGCCGACGUGGCCGUCAAGGAGCUGCCCUCGGCCAAGGGUUUGCUGCGGUUCAAGAUCAAGGCGGAUCUGGCCGAGCUGCAGCUGGUGUUCCAGACGCCCAGCGGCGUUCGCUGCAGCCAGGACACCAUGAGCUUUGUGGACGUGGUCGCUGGCACCAGCCAGGAGCUGAAGCUGGACUUUUAUAUCGCCGAACUGCUGCAUAUCCACAGCACCAGAGUGGAGGUGGUGGCCUCCUUUGUGAGUCCCAGGGGCAUUCCCCGGGUCAUUCUGCAGAGCGCCCACCUGCCGCUGGCCAUGUUCUAUCGCGUGUGUCAGCCCCAGAAGGCGGCGGGCAUCAAGCUGACGUACAGCAUCACCAGCAGACACGUCGCCCCGAAGCUGGGCACCUUCUUCGGCGAGUUCCUCGAGGGCCAGGGAGAUGCACACGCCCUGGGCCUCCAGCUGCUGUGCCCCGGCCUGGACAAGCAGUCCGAGCUCAUCACUGUGGUGGCGGCCAAGAACUCCAACCGCAUCCGCAUCCAGUCCGACUACGUGGAGGCAUUUGCCAUGAUCCUGGAGCGCCUUGUUGAGACGACGCUGCAGCUGGACAGCUCUGCUGGCCUCAUCAAGAUGGACAAGAAGAAGCCCAAGCGCGGGGUGCUCAAUCGCUGCGUGGAGCGCUUGAUGGCCGCACCCUUCCUGCCCGCCCAGCCCAUCCUCCAUCGCGUCGACGUGCACCACGAGACCCAGCAGAACAUCCGAAAGCAGACGGAGCAACUGGAAGACCUCUGGCUGCAGUUCAAGACCCUCCAGCGGCAACUUCAGGAGCAGCAGGAGCAGGAACCCAAGGAGGCCCUCACCAUGCAAAUCGAGACGAACUACGACCAACUGAUACUCGAAGGCGACAAGCUCGUGGAGAUACGGCGGGACGAGCGCAGGCAACGCUGUGACCUAAACUGCGCCGUGGCUUUGGCCAAAUGGAUUAUUCAGGCCCUGAACCUGGAGGAGCGCGUAGUCAACGUUGUCGGCUCGGUUCUCAGUGUUCCCAUCGAGGACUGGACGGAGCUGAGUUGGGAAGAAUCGAUGGCGCCCGGCAUCGACAUGCUGCAUCACUUUGGGCCACUGACCCGCUCCAAAUCUACAUCGACCCAUGGACUGCUGGAUGCCACCGACAGCACGAAGGACAGCUUCGACUAUGGUCGCUUCAGACGGCACUUUGCCACGCUCUUCGACCGGAUUGUGCGUCUGGCCUCGUCUCCGCAGCCGGCAGCCGGUGACGGCGGUGGCGGUGGCGUCGUCUCGCACGUCACAGAGCAGCCCUUAGAGGUGGUGGAGGAGCAACAGCAGGCCAAGCAAGUGGAUGAGAUAAGCAACAUGCAGCGCAUGCUGGGGGACCAAGGCCUGCCGCUGCCGCUGGCGCCGUCCAAGCGCAAGUCCAACAUGAGCAGCUCCCUGGAGGCCGUCGAAGACGAUGAGGAAUACGACGAGGAGGAUCUGCGCGAGGACGUCGGCUACCGCAAGGAGUAUGGCACUGGCACUGUCACUGGGGCUGGAGCUGAAGCCCAGAAGAAGACAUCCAGCCAGCCACGCUCCGAGUGGGUCAACGAGGACUUUGAGCUCCCUACCACCGAGGAGCUGUUCAGCGACCUAGGCAUCUGGUGGUAGGGUCAUUCCCGUUCCCAUGUCCAUUGCUGUUGUGCAAUAAAUGCGAGAGCUG